AUGGCGAAGCAGGUUGACUUGAAGCAAUCCAAUCGGCCGGCUCCGGCACCAACACAUGCCGCUGCUUCAACGCCCAUCUCCACGAAAUCAACACGCCAACACGCCGGCGCCGCUGCCGCAACUUCAGGCAAAUCCAUCCAGCAACCCCCGAGCCGCAGCCAUCGCAAGACCAAAAUGGCCAUCAACAACGGUGCGCCCUCGGGCGGCCGAAAGGCUUCCAUGAACCAUCUUCUCGGCUUCCAGGGCCACCGUUCCCACCGCCGCGAGGGCGAUGAUGAUGACUUUGGGGGCGCUGCCUACAGCCCCAGCCGCGCGCGUGGCAUUCGCCACAACCACGCUGGUAGCAGUGCCGCUGCGCUCACUCUCAGCCGCGAAGAAUAUAUUCAAGCCAAUGCUCAUUUCUAUGUCCGCGACACCUGGCUCCUCGACCGCCCCCGCCUUCAACCCGACACGCAAGUCGAGUGGUCUGACGUGGUUCAAGUCCUUUAUCGCUCAUCUGAAGUCCAGCACUGCCCAAUCUGCCUCGGACCACCCGCUGCAGCCCAGACCACCCGCUGUGGACACGUCUACUGCUGGAGCUGCAUUCUGCACCAUCUCGCCCUCGCCGAAACGGCUUGGGCUCCUUGCCCUUUGUGUGACGACUUUGUGUACGCGCGUGACCUUCGCUCUGCUGUUGUCAUUCAUGUCGAGCACCCCAAGCCCCACAAGCGUCAGCGCCUCCAACUCAUGACCAGCCUGCUGGAGACAGCGCUUGUCACACCGGCCCACAACAUCGAGGCCGUCCUAGCUGACCCCAACCCAUACACGUCUGCCCUUACCUCCACCAAAUACCUUCGCUUCCACGCCAUGGAGCCUCUGGCCCAGGAACAGGGUAUCUUUCUGCGCGAGGCCUUGGACCUCGACAUGGAGCUGACCGAGUGCACCGAGAUGGGCAGCGACCCGACCCACAUCAAGGCUGCCCAGGCUGCCUUACGUGCACGCUGGGUCGCCGUGCGCCCCGAUAUGCAACAGGCGACCCUGGCCCAGCUCGUCGCCCAUGCCCAGCGCCGCCUCUCCGAGCCCACAUCUACCCGCCCCAGCACCAAAGCCAACACUGCAACAGAUGCUGAUCGUCCUGCGUCGCCCGUGGCGACACCUGCCAGCUGGGUCGAAGCUCCAACGUUUGUUCCUGGGCAGGGGCUAGUAGAUGCCCAGCGACCCACUCCAUCAGCCGAGUCGAAACUCAUGCUCGAGGCUGGGGAUACCUCUGUGCAUCUGUCGACUCAAGACCCAAGCCUUCCGUUUGCAGUAGCCGAUGCCAGCGUGCCCGCCUCUGUGCAGAAUGACGGGGCGGGGUCGAGUGAGGACAACCCCUCUCUGCGCCAGCUUUUGGCGCCGGGCGCUCAGAUCUACCGCUUUUAUCAGGCAGAUGAUGGCAAUUUGGUCUUUUUGCAUGGCGUGCAAGAUAAGAUGAUGCGUGCCGAAUUUGGUGAGGACCUCGCUGGUGCCCCAGAGCGGUUAGACGUGGUGGUGGAGGACGUGGAGAGCGUGGUGGUGGACCGCGAGCUGCGUGUACGUCGGCCACAAUUUGCGCACCUCCCCCUUCAUUGUCGCCUUUUGCGCGUUGAGGUGGACCUGCGAUCUGUGGUCAGCGCCCAAACCCUGGACACGUUUCAAGAGGCUCUGCAGCGACGUCGUCGCCGCCGCCGCCAGCGCGAUCGGGACGACGAGCAGCGUCAACGCCGUUUUGCCCAACGGGAAGAAGCAGCCUGGCGCAACACCACGUUUGAAGCGGCGCCUGCUGUGGCUCUGCCCGACCUCUCUGAACAAGCCUUUCCCGACAUGGUGCUGAGCCAAACGCCUCCCAGCGACGGGGGUGCCAGUGGAACUGGCACCACACCACCACGACGAUGGGGCCCACAACCAGUGAUGACGCGGGAUGAACAAGAGUUUCCGUCACUAGGCCCCUCGCUUUCUGCAUCGCCUGGCACAAGUGCAUUCGCUCGUGGCUCGGAGGGUCCACGCUGGGCCAGUGGUGGAUCUCGUGCCAGUGCCCGCCAGCCUGAUCCCGUCCCGCUAGCUGUGCGCCAUGCCCCCUCCUGGGGGACGACCACUGCGGCGAGCGAUCCUGAAGACGGUGAAGACGAUGCCGUUUCUCGUGCCUACAAGCCUCGCGCCUACGGUGACUCUUUUCUGGCCCUCGAUUUCGAGAUUAAUCUUCGUGAUGCUGCUCAUCUUCGCCAGACCACUAACCCCUCCGCUGGUCCCAGCGCCAAUAACGGAGCUGGUAGUGGGGCUGGCGGGCAACGCCGAAAGAAGAAGGGUGGUCGUCAGAAACAAAUCCUCUUUGCCACUUGA